UUUAAAGUGCAUUGAAAAAAGUUUUAGUUUCAAAGAUUUCCUUUAGAACAGGUAUAGUUAAUUAGUUGCACCGUCGGUUCGAAUUAAGCUACUUGCUUAAGCGAUUGUAGUGGAAAAUCUACUGCAAAAAGUGUUCUCAUUCCGCAAACAUCUGGUAGUGUUUUGAAAAGGGCUAGUGCUAGUGGAAUAGUAGUUUGGCAGAACCUUUCUUAUCAGCUUGCAGGAUCGAUAGACAUCAACUAUGGAGCAUAUAACCACACCAAAGAUCGAAAACGUUCGGAUGAUAGACAGGUACAACAGCAAGAAUCCGACUGUAGGCGUACUCUACCUGACCGCCACCCAUCUGAUUUUCGUCGAUCCGGAUGCCAACAAGGAAACCUGGGUCCUGUACAUGCAUAUUGCAAGCGUUGAGAAACUCCCUCUCAGCACUACCGGUUCACCGUUGUUAAUACGGUGCAAAACAUUCCUCUCUAUCACGUUCGUUAUCCCGAAAGAACGUGAGUGCCAUGAUGUGUACACAACGCUGAUGAAACUUUACCAACCGGUGAACAUCAAGAAUCUCUACUGCUUCCAAUACACGAGCAACGCAAAGGAGCUACCAAAAUCGACCGGUUGGGAUUAUUUCAAGCUGGAGAACGAGUUCAAGCGGAUGCGUGUUCCGAAUGACCAGUGGAACCUGUGCACGCUGAACCAGAACUAUGAACUGUGCGACACCUACCCGCAGCAGUUGUACGUGCCGGUGGAAACCAGUACGGCCAUGCUGCUGGGAAGCUCUCGCUUCCGGUCGAAGGGACGCCUUCCGGCGUUGACCUAUUUGCACUCGAACAAGGCAUCGAUCUGUCGUUGCAGUCAGCCCCUAUCUGGCUUCAGCGCUCGCUGCCUCGAGGACGAGCAAAUGCUCGAAGCGGUACGGAAAACCAACCCGAACUGCGGUUUUAUGUAUGUCGUCGACACCAGACCAAGGAUUAACGCGAUGGCAAACCGGGCGGCUGGAAAAGGCUACGAGAAUGAGGCCAACUAUGAGAAUAUAAAAUUCCAGUUUCUCGGCAUCGAAAACAUCCACACGAUGCGAACCAGUCUGCAGAAAGUAAUUGAAUGUUGCGAGCAGAAAUCUCCCACAAUGAACAGCUUUCUCAACGCGCUGGAAUCGUCCGGAUGGCUCAAGCACAUCCGAUCGAUAUUGGAUACUUCGAGCUUCAUUGCUAAUGCCGUUGAUAAAGGGAUUUCCGUCGUCGUACACUGUUCCGAUGGUUGGGAUAGAACGGCACAAGUGUGCUCUCUUGCUGCUCUCAUGCUGGAUCCGUAUUACCGUACCAUCAAAGGAUUUCAGGCACUGAUUGAAAAAGACUGGCUAGCGUUCGGGCACAAAUUCAGUGACCGUUGCGGUCACAUUCAGAACGACCCGAAAGAGGUAUCGCCGGUGUUUACGCAGCUGCUGGACUGCACCUGGCAGCUGAUGCAGCAACGGAACGACGCUUUCGAGUUCAAUGAACGGUUUCUGUUGAUUCUCCAUGACCACGUUAUGUCCUGUCAGUACGGUACGUUCAUAGGAAAUUGUGAAAAGGAUCGACUGGAUCUGAGACUAUCGGAGAAAACCUUUUCUUUGUGGGGUUACAUGUCGAACCAUUUGAACGAGUACAUCAAUCCACUGUAUAGGCCGGAAAUGGACGAAACAAUACGACCAAAUUUGGCUCCGCAGUGUAUCAGGUUUUGGCGUGGAAUGUACAGCCGGUUUGAGAGUGGAAUACAUCCGCGAGAACCGCUGGAUGAUUUGCUGGUAGCGAGCAAGGACCAUUCAACAUCACUAGAUGAUCAUGUGCAGCUUUUAACAAAGCGCAUCAACAGCUUCAAAAAUAUGAUUUCCAAAUCGGCAAAGCGACUGCAGGGAACAAAGUACGUUGAUAAUCGUAACAUCGAGGUCAAUGACAACCGAUACAACUACGAUAAGAGGCUAAGUGAGCUGUCCUGCGCUGACGAUGACCAUCCUCUCAAAAGUUGCAACGUUUCCAACUCAAACCAUAAUAACACCGAAGCAAACGACAACACACUAGCAGCCGCGCAGCAACUUUCGGAAGAACUAACCUCGGUGGCAGUCGAAUGGAAACCGCUCAGAAGCGUUUCCAACUGUCCCUCGUGCUCGAUACCGUUCGAUCAGAUCAGUAAAAAGCAGAACCACUGCUGGAAGUGUGGUAACGUUUUCUGCAGUCGCUGCAUCGACAAAACCGUAGCCCUGGCCGGGCACAACAGCGGCAGCCUCGUGCCGGUCUGUCGGAAUUGCUACCGAGAAGUGCAACAAGUCAGCCCCUAGGUUGAUGGUUUACUUUCCGCUUCGUUCUUCGUUAUGGGUUUCGUUGAUUUUCUGUUCUCCAGUACCUUAUUGUUGUCCUUUGUUGCGUGUACGAUCUGCUGCAGCAGAUCCUACAGACGUGUCCCUUUGGUUUCCCACCGUAGCUUUUUUUUUUGUUUUAAAUUAAGCUUUGUUGCAAAAUAAAAAGAACCAUCCCCAUUUGUAAGAUAAGUAGAAGUAGUAUGUACUAUGCAAAAACAAGGCAUAGUGAUGUAAGUGCAAAAGAGUAUAAAACGAAAGGCUGUUCUAUUAAUAGCUAAUUAUUGUACUACUAUUUUAUGAUUGUGAUAUAUUUUCAUAGAUAAAUCUGUUAUGUCCAAGCCGGUUCUGGCAAAAGAGAAAAAGAGAAGAAAAAAAACCUAAAUUGUAGUUCAAUAUUUGUCACUUGACACUAAACACAAUGCUUUUAGUGGCAUAGUUUGCUCAAAAUCUGCUGCAUUUGCUUUUGAACGUGAUCUAAUGGAAACUAUGUGUUAUAUAUCAUAACUACUUAUUAUAACCAACACAUCACGCUGAUGAAUUUCAUACCUGCUGUAAGACUUAGUUUGAUUCAGCAAAGCAAGUCGGGCUUUACCUAUUUAUACGUUUUGCUAAGUAUUUUCUUUCGCUGCAUUUUACAUCACACCGCAAAACUACUGAGACAAUUCAUGCACAACCAACUUAAAUGUAGGUAGUAUUUUGAGCAACGAAUAAGAUAUGUAUAUUUCUAUUUAUGAAUAGAAUUUGUUGAUGGAGGUCAUAUAAAUUCGAAUUAAGAAAUCCAAU